UUUCUAACGUUCACCUCAGACGCAGGUUCGGUUCCAUCUUUAAUUUCCAUGAGUAAACAACAGUAUUCGGAUUUUUCUGCUUCUUUCGGGUCUGAAUCAGCUGAAAUUCAGUGUCAGUGUUUCCAGCACUGAUCGGAGAGCAGCUCUGAGGACACUGAAUCUGUAACUUCACUUCCUCAUCUGGCCACAAGCCGGCGCCAUCACACCGCUGCGUCAGACAGACGCUGCCUUCCAGGGCGGUCGGAAAUUAGACAACCAGGAAAGAAAAUGAGAAAUUCCAAGCAUCAGGAGAAUUCAGCUGGUUUUACUUGAUGACAUGGAGUGUGUGUGUGUGUGGCUGGUGUGUGUGUGCAUGCUGAGCGUGUGUGUCGGGGCUCACAGUGGAUUGGACAGAGGUGACCACCUGGACCAUCAGCAUCAUCAUCUGGUUUCCAACGGCAACGCAGCCUCAGAUCUGUGUGUGAUAGACCAGCAGCUCUGUCAGGAUGAGAACUCCCUGCUGAGUUUCGAGGCGAUCUGCAGCAUCCACAAACUGAUGGACGACGACGCAGACGGCACGGUGGACACGAGCGAGACGGACGAGUUUCUCAGGGAGGAUCUUCAGUAUCACGACCCCAAAGCCAAACACAGCAGCUUCCAUCGAGCCGACCUGCACAUCAGCGUGGAGGACAUGUGGAACGCCUGGAAGAGCUCUGAAGUGUAUAACUGGACGGAGCAGCAGGUGGAGGACUGGCUGCUUGUCAGUGUGGAGCUUCCUCAGUACACAGAAACCUUCAGGAAACACCGGCUGGAUGGCAAAGCCUUACCCAGGCUGGCGGUGAGGAACGUCACCCUGAUGGUGUCCGUGUUGAAGAUUUUAGACAGAAGUCAUUCUCAGAAGCUGCAGCUGAAAGCUCUGGACAUCGUGCUGUUUGGACCACCACCAGGCCGAGACCACCGGUGGAAGGAUCUGGUUCUGGGCGUGUCCAUCCUGAUGGCUUUGGGCGGCUGCUGGUUCGCCUACGUCCAGACCAGGAAGUCCAGAGACGACCUGGGGAAGCUGAUGAAGGACCUGGAGGGUCUGCAGAGGGCUGAGCAGAGCCUGCUGGACCUGCAGGAGAAGCUGCAGCGGGCCCAGGAGGAGCAGCUCUGCGUCCAGGUGGAGAAGGUGAAGGUGGAGGAGGAGCUGAGGAACGAGAUCAGCUCGGCCAAACAGGAAGCUCAGCGGCUCCGAGAGCUCAGAGAGGGAACCGAGAACGAGAGGAGCCGGCAGAAAUACGCCGAGGAGGAGCUGGAACAGGUCCGAAUGGCGUUGAAGAAGGCGGAGCGGGAGCUGGAGUCACGGACUCACUGGGCGCCGCCGGAGGCUCUGCAGAAAUGGCUGCAGCUGACGCACGAGGUCGAAGUUCAGUACUACAACAUCAAGAAACAGAGCGCGGAGAGACAGCUGCUGCAGGCCAGGGAGGGGGCAGAGAAGAUCAAGAAGAAGAGGAGUUCUCUGUUCGGGACGUUCCACGUGGCUCACAGCUCCUCGCUGGACGACGUCGACCACAAGAUCCUUUCUGCCAAACAGGCCCUGGCCGAGGUGACGGCGGCCCUGCGGGAGAAGCUCCACCGCUGGCAGCAGAUCGAGUCUCUGACGGGUUUCUGUUUGGUCAAUAACCCGGGUCUGGGAGCGCUGGCAGCCGCCCUCAACCUGGACCCGUCCUUCCUCGGUCUGCGACCUCCGACCCCUCAGCGCCUCCUCCUCUCCGAUGACCUGGAUGACAUGGACGAGGACAUCCUGUCUCCUGGGACGCUGCAGUACGCAGCGUGGCAGAUGGACCGGCGAGUGAGUGACCUCUGGCCUCUGAGUGGCAUCGCAGACACCCAGUCACCAUGGAAACACUCUGCUCAGAGUCUGAUGCCCCUGCGACAGAGAAUAGGAGACCCCGCUCUGACGUUCAGCUCUCAGAGGGACAUUAUGAACCGUUCAGACUCUGACUCCUCCCUGCCUCUCUCUCACGGCGAAUCACGAGGCCUGUACAGCUCUAAGCCCUUCCUCCUGCCAUCCAGGCUCCAGCCCCUGCAGGGUCAGGGCCCCGGGCUUGGAGGAGGAGGCCUGGAGAAGAGCUCCAGCCUUGGGGAGCUGAGGGGCACCUCCGCCGCUGUCCUUGCCUCCUCCUGCUCUACCCGCUCCCUCUGCAUCACAUCCAACACUGCCGACAGCAUCUUCCCUUCCUCCGCCUCGUCCAGCUCGCUGGGCAGCGGUCGGGGGGCGGGCCACCAUAUCCCGACCAGAAGGAGCCCCGUGGAGGAGGAGGGAGGGGAGGAGAGCGAGUCAUCCAGCAGCCGCAGAAGAAACGCUUUUAAUAAGAUCUUCAAGAAGAAGCAGGGACGUCACUGAGCCUGAGUGUGCUCCCGAUUCACGAUGAGACUUUAACCUUCAUCGUGAUGAACAAGCCAAACUGUCAUUCAGAGGAAACAUCACUUUUUAACACCACUCAUCUGCUUUUAUUCAACUUUCCUGCAAAUUGUCUGAAUAUUUCUCCCAUUAAACUGAUAUAAGAUGAGAUUCAGUGUGGUGAGAAGCACCAACACACGACAGACCUGCUGUCGCCCAGGAGACGGAUGAGUCGAGGAGGAGGCCUGAAGAAGACGGUAGACGUAAAACAUUCAAUUUUUUGAAGACUAUUUUGUCCUAUUUUGUUUUUGUUUUUUUCAAAAGAAACGAAGACAAAAAGUUUCAAAGACAAACGGCUGUGAUGAUCUUCAAGCUGGAUGUAGAUUUAGUGAGAAAUGUAAAGUAUCUGCUUUGGCAAAAUUCACCUGCUGAAUUCACCCUUAAAUUUUUCAGAAAGUG